UUUCACGUUUUACAAUAAGAUGUACAUUUUUUUAUUACUGUUGAAAACUGUAUUGGCCUGUAUCCUCACAUUUAAAAUGUGUAAAACCACAGAUUCUCCUUGGAGCCCCACCAUUGAGAUCCCAGGAGAUCUGAAGGAGGCGGAGUCUGUCACUGUAACCUGCUCAGCUCCAGCUCCCUGUCCACACUCCCCUCCUAAACUCACCUGGACUCUCCAACAAGACCCUCCCAACACAAUGGAGGAAAACCCAGAUCGGACCUUCACGACUAAGAUCCAGAAGACCCUCACUCUGACAGACCAACAUGAUGGAUUCAACAUCACCUGCUCUGCCAGCUAUCCUGUGAAUGAAGGGAAAGAUGUGAAGACAGCAGAGGAGACACAGACUCUCCAUGUUUCAUAUGCUCCUAAGGACACCUCCGCCUCCGUCAGUCCGUCCUCAGGUUCGGUGUCAGCGGGCAGCUGGGUGGAGCUGAGCUGCUCCAGCAGAGCCCAGCCUCCCGUCAGCAGCUUCACCUGGUUCAAGGAGAGCCAAGAUGGAGACAUGAACGUCUCACAGGGAGAGAUUUACAGCUUUAAUGCCACAGAGGGAGGACGUUAUUACUGUGUGGCCACAAAUGAGCUUGGUAAUGGAAAGUCGCCAACAAUCCAGCUGACUAUUAUAGGUGAAGUCAACUUUGAACAGUGGGGGGCGGUUAUUGGAGGAACCGUUGGGAUCGUGGUACUCAUCUGCCUGGUUCUCUGUGGUUGGCGUUUAAUGUCAACACAUCCGACUGCAGAACAGACCCAGAGUCAAACAGGUGAAGAGCUGGCGAGUAAAACAGAAGAAGAAGAAAUCCACUACGGAGAGAUCGACUUCUCCAAGCAGAGGAAUGAAAGUCCCCCUGUCUCAGAGCAGGGCGGUGGACAGACGGAGGACACGCUGUACGCUCAGGUCAAAGUGUCAGAGACAGCAAACAGACCAGAGGACCUCUACGCUCAAGUGAAGAAGAAAUCUGAGACGCAUUAACACACUUACUUACAUUGUUUACAUAUAAGGUGUUGUCUUUAUAUUGAACAAGACACCUCAACAGGAAGGAUAUUUAUUACCAACCGGUUAAAAAAAAGGGGAGUUUAAAACCUCCCCCCUCUGCAGCUCAGAUACUUUUGUAAAUCAUUGUAAUUUAUAUGUAAAAAUUGACCUUAUAUGGCCAUUUGUGUUUAUCUGCAUGUCAGAUCAAGGUAAUAACACAAGUCUUCUUGGGAACUAUGCUAAAUGACAUGAACAGUAAUUAUAGGUAACUUGACUGUACAUAAAAUAUUGUAUUCAAUUUCAUUUUGUGAUAUAUUACAUGUUUUGAUUUGAUUCAGUUAUCUACAAUAAGGUACAAGAGACAGUUUCUGCAUUUGAAGGUAUUUAUUUGUUUCACUGUAAUAAAAACCGUGGCAUACAACUUCUAAAAAUAA